GCUCUCCGGGGCGGAGCCGCCGGGCUGAGGUUGGGGCUGUGCGGAGGCAGUGGAAGCUGCAGCAGCUGGGGGUGGAGGUGCUGCCUAGCCUCCCAGCUCGGAGGUCGCUGGGGCGAGGAGGAUGCGGCAUUUGCAGCCAAAACCACCCAGCCUGGCCCCGGACCUCCCUGGCCCUCUCAGCUGCGGAGAGGCGCAGAGCGUGGCACUGGCCGGGCGGAGCUAGAGGCGGGCGUCUACCCCGCGUCGCACCACCCGCAGCUCUCCACUCUGGCCGGGCCCGGGAGCCUGGGGCCACGGAUGCCCUGACCGUAGGCGCAGCUGCAAGGUUGGCCGGGCGCCGCCGCUCGCGGGGAGAGGCCUGAGGAGUCCCGGGGGCGGCCGCGUCCACCAGCUUCAGACGCCAGUCCCCGGGGGCGCUCGCCUCUGCGCUCCUCCUUCCUGGCCCAGCUCUUCUUUAGCGGACGUUCCCUCCACGACCGCUCCUUCCUCCCACCUAGAUGAUGCGUUCCCCUGCGCGGAGCAUCAGAGGCCAGCACUCCCAGAAAUGCGUGCGCCGGAUCCCCAUCUCCGGGACCCGAGGAACCGACGCCCCCGCCCUGUAGGGUUAUGACUCAUUGAUUAAAAAGAAGAACUUUUCCAACUACUUUGCACUUUUGACUGCAUAUUAUGGAUAACAAGGAAGAGAAGAAGGAACGAAAACAAAGUUAUUUUGCUCGAUUGAAAAAGAAAAAACAAGCCAAACAAAAUGCAGAGACGGCCUCAGCUGUAGCUACAAGGACUCAUACUGGAAAAGCAGAUGUUAAUACAGUCAUUUUAGAACAAGACAAGUGCAACAUUGCUGUGGAAGAGGAACGUAUUACUGAUGAGAAAAAAAAGAGAAAAAAUCAGUUAAAGGAGAUCAGACGUACAGAACUAAAGAGAUAUUAUAGUAUUGAUGACAAUCAAAACAAAACACAUGAUAAAAAAGAGAAGAAGAUGGUGGUUCAGAAGCCCCAUGGUACUGUGGAAUAUACUGCCGGAAGCCAGGACACUCUAAACUCCAUAGCACUGAAGUUUAACAUCACUCCGAAUAAAUUAGUGGAACUAAAUAAACUUUUCACACAUACUAUUGUUCCAGGCCAGGUACUUUUUGUGCCAGAUGCCAACUUUCCUUCAAGUACCUUAAGAUUAUCAUCAUCCAGUCCUGGUGCUACUGUCUCCCCUUCAUCAUCAGAUGCAGAAUAUGAUAAACUCCCUGACGCUGACUUAGCAAGAAAUGCCGUAAAACCCAUUGAAAGAGUCCUGUCAUCUACUUCUGAAGAAGAUGAGCCAGGAGUGGUAAAAUUUUUAAAAAUGAACUGUCGAUACUUCACCGAUGGAAAGGGUGUGGUCGGCGGUGUCAUGAUUGUCACUCCUAACAACAUCAUGUUCGACCCUCACAAGUCUGACCCCCUGGUCAUUGAGAACGGGUGUGAGGAAUACGGCCUCAUUUGCCCCAUGGAAGAGGUGGUUUCCAUUGCCCUCUACAAUGACAUUUCCCACAUGAAGAUCAAAGAUGCCUUGCCAUCUGACCUACCUCAGGAUCUUUGUCCUCUGUACAGGCCUGGAGAAUGGGAAGACCUGGCUUCAGAAAAGGAUAUCAACCCAUUUAGCAAGUUCAAAUCUCUCAGCAAGGAUAAAAGGCAGCCGAGUGAAGAGGCAGCCAUCAUUUCAGAUUCCAAAUCAACACGGCCUUUGGAGAGAUCAACAGAACACGCACACGCGAAGCCCUCGGGCAGCCUGGGGUCAGGAAAUUUAAAGGACCGGGAGUCCUCUGUGGAGGCAGCCAAUGGGUCUGCCACAGUAACUGAGGUCAGCAAAGGACCUCCUGACACUCAGACUGCAUUUAAAUCUAUAGCCAAAGAAAAUUCCCUUUUAGGAAGAGAAGAUGACUUCAUUGACUUGGAAGAACUACCUUCUCACAAUGAUAGCGAAACGGACAAAAGAGACACCUCAAAGGAGUGCCUUUCUCUUGAGCCAGAGGAGCAAAGGAAGGCUAAGUCACAAAUAAUCAGUUCUGCCAUGGAAAUGCAGGUGCAGUCAGCCCUGGACUUUUCAAGAACAGAGAGUGAUGCUGAACUGAAGGGGGCUCUAGAUUUAGAAUCCUGUGAGAAGCAAGAUAAAAUGCCCGAGGUGGACAAGCAGUCUGGUUCUCCAGAAAGCCAGAUGGAAAACACACUGAACAUACAUGAAGAUCUAGAUAAGGUUAAACUUAUUGAAUACUAUCUUAAUAAGAACAAAGAAAGGUCACAGUUACCGGAUAACUUGCCGGAGACAGAAUUAAGUGAUGGCAAAAGUAUUGAGCCAGCAGGAAUAGAUAUCACCCUUAGUAGUUCUCUUCCCCAGGCUGUUGAGCCCCCAGCUGAGGGCCAUAAAGACCCUGAUAAAAACUGGGUGAAAGAGAAAACACCCCAUCCACUCCAACUAGGCUCUUCUACAGAAGAAAAUAUGAGUAAAGAGCCCCUAGGCAACUCUUUGGAAUCUACUCUGGAUGGUAGCUGUCAAGGCGCACAAGUGGAUAAUAAAUCUGAAAUCCAGUUGUGGCUGUUGAAGAGAAUUCAGGUGCCCAUUGAAGAUAUACUUCCUUCAAAAGAAGAGAAAAGCAAGACUCCACCCAUGUUUCUGUGCAUUAAAGUGGGAAAACCAAUGAGAAAGUCCUUCGCCACUCACUCUGCAGCCAUGGUCCAGCAGUACGGCAAGCGAAGAAAGCAGCCUGAGUACUGGUUUGCUGUCCCCCGGGAAAGGGUGGAUCACUUGUACACAUUCUUCGUUCAGUGGUCUCCUGACGUCUACGGGAAAGAUGCCAAAGAACAAGGCUUUGUGGUGGUGGAAAAGGAAGAACUGAAUAUGAUCGACAACUUCUUCAGUGAGCCGACCACCAAGAGCUGGGAGCCAGCAGGCAGUUCUCACCGAAUCACCAUGAGAGUCCGAAGACUGCCCUUGGACGUUCAGAUUUUCUAUUGUGCCAGACCUAACCAAGAGCCUUUUGUGAAGAUCAUCACCGUCGAGGAGGCAAAGCGCAGGAAGAGCACGUGCAGCUACUACGAAGACGAUGAGGAGACAGCCUUGCCCACCCUGCAGCCCCAUAGUGCGCUCCUGGAGAACAUGCACAUCGAGCAGCUCGCCCGACGCCUUCCAGCAAGGGUGCAAGGGUAUCCGUGGAGACUCGCAUAUAGCACAUUGGAGCACGGGACCAGCUUAAAAACUCUCUAUCGGAAAUCAGCAUCGCUGGAUAGCCCCGUCCUGUUGGUCAUCAAAGACAUGGAUAAUCAGAUUUUCGGAGCGUACGCCACCCACCCUUUCAAGUUCAGUGACCACUAUUAUGGCACAGGGGAAACUUUUCUGUACACGUUUAGCCCCAAUUUCAAGGUCUUCAAGUGGAGUGGAGAAAACUCAUACUUUAUCAAUGGAGACAUAACUUCUUUAGAACUUGGUGGUGGAGGGGGGCGAUUUGGUUUAUGGCUGGAUGCUGAUUUGUACCACGGACGAAGUAAUUCCUGCAGCACUUUCAAUAACGAUAUUCUUUCCAAAAAGGAAGACUUCAUAGUUCAGGACCUCGAGGUAUGGACAUUUGAGUGAAACUCAGGCUGCCUUAAAGUACAACAUUGAAAAGACGAGUUUGCUCAGCCCCACUGCAGCGGGCUGGAAGACCAGCGCCGCCUAGACUGCCUCAUGC